GUCGGCGCGGCGGGACAGGGAGCUGCGGGGCCGCUGCUCGGGCUUGAGGUCUGGGGUUCGGUGCUCAGUGCUUGUGCCUGCGGCGGUCCUGGUAUCUGGCCACCAGGAGCUGUUCUCAACGCUUCAGAGCGAAUAACUCACUUAAUCCGGAACGGUCUUCUGAGAUGUGGGCACUGGAGUCACACUGUCCGGGGACACCCCCAGAAACACUUAAAGAAGAAAGGCAGUCAGGAUGUGUUCCAUCUACAAGUCUUGAGGGCAACAGUUUGAAGAAAAGCAACUGGGGGUUCUUACUUACUGGCAUUGUUGGGGGGACGCUGGUGGUCGUGUAUGCUGUGGCCACACCGUUUAUAACACCAGCCUUCCGAAGAAUCUGUUUGCCUUUUGUACCUGCAACUGCAAAGCAGAUUGAAAAUGUUGUGAAAAUGUUGCGAUGCAGGAGAGGACCCCUGGUAGACGUCGGUAGUGGCGACGGACGUAUCGUGAUAGCAGCUGCAAAGGAAGGAUUCACAGCUGUGGGUUAUGAAUUAAACCCCUGGCUCGUCUGGUACUCCAGAUACUGCGCUCGGCGGGAAGGGGUGCAGGCAUCGGCCAAAUUUUACAUCUCAGACUUGUGGAAGGUCACUUUUUCGCAGUACUCAAAUGUUGUUGUCUUUGGCGUGCCCCAGAUGAUGCUGCAGUUGGAGAAGAAGCUUGAGCUUGAACUUGAGGACGAGGCUAGAGUCAUUGCUUGCCGGUUCCCCUUCCCACACUGGACCCCGGCCCAGGUCACAGGGGAGGGGAUAGACACCGUGUGGGCCUACGAUGCCAGUUCUUUCAGGAGAAUGAGAAGCCACUGUGGACUCAUUCAUUCAUUCAGCAAAUGGUUAUUGAGUGUCUGCUGUAUAAUAAGCUUUUCCAAUUCAAUGGUUAAUGACAUGCAAGUUCCUGAAUCUUAUGGGAUUUGUGUUCUAGAAGAGAGACAAACAAACAGCAGCCUGAUGGAGACAGGAGGGUUGAGGCUGCAUUGGGGCGAGAGGUGCCCGGCAGUGUGAAUGAGCCCACUCCCCCCGUCUGGAGGGCCCUGGAGGAGGCAACACCUGCUAGCGAGGUUGGAAGGUAUGUCUGGAGUGUCCCAGAGAGACGGCGAGCUCCCAGGAGCAAGGAAGCCCGCUCCCAGAGUGGUGUUUGGGAACUCUUUACCAAGUCAAGGGGGCUGUGAACUUGGACGUGGCCUUCACAGUGACAUUCGAGGAGAGCAUCCUGUCCUUGGGGACACGGGCAGGGAUGAGCAAUAGCAGAGCUUCAGCUGUAUCCCUGCCCCCAGGGAGUUCUGUAGGGGGAGAGAUGAUUUCUCAGGAUGGGAAAGGAAUUAGAAAAAGGAAGAAAUCACCUUGGACUGCCUUUCUUGACAGGUAGGGUUGCCAAGUAGAGGAGCUGUGUUAUGGACUGCACGUUUGAGUCCCCCAAAAUUCCUGGGUUGAAAUCCUAACCCCCCCCCACAGUGUGAUGGUAUCAGGAGGUGGGGCCUUUGCUUUAGGUCAUGAGGGUGGGGCCCUCAUCAACGGGAUUAGUGCCCUGGUAAAAGAGACCCCCAGAGAGCUCCCUCACCCCUUCUACCACGUGAGGACACAGCGAGAAAAGGGCCAUCUAUGAACGAGGACGCAGGCCCCCACCAGACUCUGGAUCAGCCAGCGCUUUGACUUUGGACUCCCCAGCCUCCAGAACUGUGAGAG